UCUCCGAUUUGCGAAGAAACAAUCUUUAUAGUUCAUCAGAUAACAUUUGGAGACCAUCGUUGUCCACUUUUCGUUGUAUUUUAACCCAAUGCAAACGACCAGCAGCAGGAUGACGCUAUCGAUCUUCUUCGAAGAGAAACUGGAACUAAGCUCUGGACCUGAACCAACCGGAAUGAUGCACUUGCUUUACUUCCUACUCAGUCAUCUCCUCAAUCUAGAAUGAACUAAAUAUAUCAAUUGUUAACCUUUUCUAUCUACCCAGGUACGAGAAGGCGUCAUUAGUUAUCUUCUUUGAUACUCGUUGAUACCAAAAAUUUCAGAAAAUUUUCGUUUUGAAUUAUUUGUGAUUGUAUCAUACAACUGAAAAUUUUAUCGUAAAUUGAUGAUCAUAUUUCCGAGGGCAUGUUACAAAAAUUAUGUUGAUAGGUUAGAUACAACAAGAGAUAUUCACUAUCAAAAACUUAUCACUCUCUCAGAGAGUAAAUUUUGAACAGGCGCCCCAUAGUAAAGUAAGUCGUAUUUACGACGAAAUAAAAAUAAAUAAAAACGCAUAGGACAUCGCACUGAACUAAAAGAUAUUGAUAAAGUUCAAAGUUCUUGAUUUCUUUUAGCUGUGAUUAUUGUAAACGCAUUUUGAUCACAAAUAUUAUUGAAUAGUUGAAGAAAUAGAAAAAAAAAUAUUUCAUAAUCUAAAACAUAGCGUAAGCGCUCUCUUAACUUAAUGUUUAUAGGAAAGAAAAAACUUUCGAAACUGCCGUAAAAUAAUUAGAGUCAAAAAAUAUUAAUUUAGAAUCACUGAGCAACUGAAACCGAAUGAGAACGCCAACAUGUAUGCAAUCGUAAGGUUUCUUUGGAGUAUCUGUAAUCUAACAAAAGGCGAAGAGUUUCUAAGCAUAUCGCUAUAUGUCAAAUCUUUCUUUACAUAAAUAACUACAAUUAGCACGAAUUUAAAAUGUGCGAAGUGGAAACCGGUGUUCAGAUCCUGCAGCGAAUUUCGUCCCGGCUGGUAUCCGACGUAAAAUGUCUAGAUCCCAGUCUGUUCCCGAACGGUGGUCCAAACAAGGGCGAGAUGGUGGAGAUAGUCGGCGAAAGCAACUGUGGCAAAUCAUGCCUCAUCUUGGAGCUGAUUGCGAAAAUAAUCCUUCCAGUGGACUGCGGCGGACAGGCUCUAGGAGCCGUGUUCAUAAAUUGUGACAAUAACAUUAACAUGAUUCGGCUGCUGGACGUGAUGGAGAAACAAACUGUGAAUUGUUCUCUUCCGGCCACCCGAACUGUGGAGACGCAGGAGAUCCAUGACAUCCGGCAAAAGUCCUUGGCCAGACUGACAAUAAUCACUUGCUUCACAUUGGAUGAAUUCGAGCUCACGAUGCUAACACUGAGUGAUAUAUUCAUCAAAAAUCCUAUCAACGUUUAUCUUCUGAUAGAUUCGAUUGUGGCAUUCUAUUGGAGCAAGUGUACCGAGAAAACCCUCAUCCGAAUGGACACGUACCUGAAAUCGCUGCACACGAGAUUGAAAAAACUUUGCCAAGAGCGAAAAGUCAUAACCAUUUAUACCCAACCCGCAUAUUUCGGAUCCGGCCGUGAAUCAGGUCUGGGAGAAUUUGUUGGAUCAACAGAUGGACAGACUAUGGUUUCAGAAAUGCCUUCCACUCUGGGAGCGUCAAGCUCGUUUGCUGCGACAGCCGGGAGCAGCAACUUCAGUUUACCUAUCGAGCAUCGAAUUGAAUUGGCUGAAGUCAACAGUCAAACUCCAAGCGACGACGAGCAGAAAUUCAACGCAUUCGUCUAUUCCAAAGGGACACCGCUGAUCAAGUUUUACAUGAUUGAUAAGUAUGGAAUAAACUGGCUCAAUUGAACCUAUUUUUCAUGUUUUUUGGCUUUCAUAUGGUGAUUCGAAAAAUCCGCGGUCUUUUGUAACCAAUCUUGGGCUUGGGAGGGAACUCUAUCGCAAGUUACAAUUUCACUUUUACAUUCAUCUA